AUGGUGUUGCAGCUGAAUGGUGCAGCAUACAAAGAAAGUUCUCAGAGUUUAGCCUCUCGCUUGGCUGGCUGCACGCUCACACGUUUCUUCCUGUUCUACAGGACCCGGUCAGGACAGUCCCGCAGUAUAGCUACCCUGAUUCCACCAGUAGGCAUGGGUCACCAUCUCUACACCUUCACAUUCUUACUGACAGAGGAAGACAAACCUCAAGCACCUGAGGGCUCUUUGCUGAAGCUCCAGGCUCUGGAGGGAGACACCAGCCCUUCUUCAGACACCUCUCCUGAAGAAAGUCCACCUAGCCUGGGAUUCAAAAAUGAAAUCCUGAUUCCUUCAUGCAAUGGCGUUGGGGAAGAGCGCAGCCCACCAGACUGUAGGCUGGCAGAGGGUGACUGUAGCAGUGAUCUCCAGCAGAGCCCGGGGCCCAGUCGACUCAUCCAGCACAUCACAGAUGACAACAGCCCCCUGCCCUCCCCACGCUGCUCCAGCCUCAGCCAGAGCCAACGCUUCAACACAGACCCUGAAUCUGCCCCGUCUCCACCCUGCGCACAGCAUCUCAUCAUGGCUCGUGGAGUUGUUAGAACGGAGGUUCCUGGAGACGCCAAGGAAGCUACUUCCAUCCCACUCCUCACCAAACACAUCCAAACUCUCAAGAGGAAAAUACGCAAGUUUGAUGAGCGCUUUGAACACGAAAUGAACUAUAAGCCUUCACAUAAUGAUAAAUCAGUCAAUCCAGAGAUUUUCAGGCUCAUGAGUGAACUAGCCAGGUCUCGCAAGCAGCUCAAAGAUUUGAAGCUUAGACAGACAUUUGAGGAAUCCCGGACACAUGAGAACAACCACUCCACAGAUAUUUGCAGGUACACUAACGGCCAGCAGGAGACGCCAGAGCAGCAGCACAAGCCCUCUCUGGAGGAGACAGUGGACUCACUCCUGAAACUACUACGGGAGAAACGCCAGGCCCUCGGCCUCCCAGACAACAUGAAGGAGAUGACCCAAAGACAGAUGGCCCUGGAGAAGAUCACUCUGCAAAAAUGUCUGCUGUAUUUUGAGAGCUUACACGGCCGUCCUGGCACCAAACCAGAGGAGAAAAACCUGGUGAAACCUCUCUAUGAUAGAUACCAGAUGGUGAAACAUCUCCUAUGUGCGACUCCCACUAUUACAACUAUAGAAGAAGAAGAAGGCUCAGAUGAUGACUCCGUUCGGUACACACCCCCACCCAUGUGCCUCAGUGAUAAGAGAGGCUGUGGGGAGGAGGAGGGCGACAGUGACCCGGCCUUUGUGUCUCCGCUGGAUGAGAUCAAGACAGUGAGACAGUCAGUCAUAACCAUGUCCAACCUCCACGAGGCCUCCAGGUCUGAGUUGCUGGAGUGUUUGCGUGAGACUCGAGCCGAGAAGAAGAGACGACGUAAAGCCAUCAGAGAGUUUGAAGAGCAGUUCUUCAGACAGAUGGGAAGAACCGCACAAAAAGAUGACCGAAUCCCCAUGGCCGAGGAGUACCAGGAGUACAAAAGUCUCAAAGCCAAAUUACGCUUACUGGAAGUGUUGCUCAGCAAACAGGAAACCACUUAGACUAUCUGAGAAUUAUUUCUGCCUUUCAGUAUCGAACCCAAUGUUUGGACCAAAUUGUGUUUUUUACAUUUGACAUAAUUGUGCCAUUAUGAUGCUAAAAUGCACUUUAAUAUCCUUUCUGACCACAUUGGAAGUCCUAGACUCAAUGGGUUGGGCCGAACCGAUCAAGGCCUUUCGGUGGCUACUAUCUCAUAAACGCAAACAUGUGCGAUCUCUGUGCUGUGUACAGAGCGAGACGGAUCGAUACAAACCUCAUUCAGAUUUCAAAGGGCAAAAGGAAAUAUAGAGUAUUCAUCUAUGUGUAUGGAAUAUGGCAUUUUAUUUUUGGAGGAGAUUUUUUUUAACCAAAGUCGAACCAUAUGCAAUUUUCACGUUUUCUUGCUCUUGUUUGAAGCUAGUUUAUGAUUCUAAUUAGGAACAUGGUGACAAUUAUGCACACUAAUGAUGAUCCGUGACUCUCUGGGGCUAGACACGAUCUUUAGCCUGUCAAAUAAUGCAACGCUCUAGACAGAAAACAACGCAGAGCACUUAAAAUAAGGGUUUUAUGCAAAUUUCAAUGAGUUCCCUAACAUAUGAAUACAGCAGCAACCAACCGUGUUUAUUUCUCAUAUAUCUGUCUCUCACAUGAAAAAGGGAGCACAAAAUGAGACAUACUAUCCAGAAUUGAAAAGGUUCUCCCAGGAGAGCUAAGGAGAGCUAAGUAUUUUUAAAGAUCUAUUUUAUUCAAAAACGUGUUAAAGUACAGUACGUGGCCAUCACAGAGCACAGUUUUCCUCCUAUACAUGAAGAACAAAUGAUACAUUAAGCCAGUGGUUAAAAUGAACACUGUCCAAUAACGUCAUACACUAAAAACAAUACUGAAGCCCAAAGCAGGAGAUAUGUUCAUGAGAAGCGGAUGUGCGCUUUAAGUGCAAUUCUGCUCAAGUAGCUACUCUCUGGAAACGAAACAAUCAAUAUCUUUCCUUUCCGACGGCUCUACUGCAAUGAACUAUUACAAUCUUUGUGUAGUGUCUUUGCAUGCCAACCAGCGUAAACUGUUGAAUUGUGCUACAAUCAGGUGUGGUUAUUCUGUCAUGUUAUCGUCGUCCCAGAAUUUAUUUGCUGUACACAUCCACAAUGACAAAUGUAGCUUUUGAAUGUUAGCUAUUGUGCACGUAAUUCUACAUUGGUUUAUACAGUAAACACAUAUAU